AUUUUGGAUGAAAUUACAACAGUGGUUAUUGCAAAAAGAAGGAGAUGAGGGGCCUUCAUUUGAGUUCUGCAACAUGCUUUUCCUCCACUUGGACACGAACGAAAAAGACUUAGAUAUCGGGAGGAAAACUUUCGCCGAAGCAGUUGCUGUGGAGCAGUUUCAAACAUUCAACUUCUACCAAAUUGAAGCAGUUAACUGUGUGUUAGAGUACAUUGUGAAACAUUCAACAAAAGAAAAAGACAGCAAAAAGUACCGAGCACAGUUUAUCUUCGUGUGUAUGCAAAGAUACAUAAAGUUUGCGAAAGACGGCUGUGAUAAAGACCGAGAAUCAUUGCGAUCGAAAAUAAUAAACUGCUUGGAAAAUUGUGGAAAGGACUCGUUACGGUUGAAGAAGAACGAAACGUUUUCUUAUGAAGAAUUUAUAAAUACAUGGAAUACUUUCGCAAAGUUAGCACUAAGAUGCAAUUUCGCUUGCUCUAAAACAAUACGCGUUCUCACCAAUUUAACUUCAAACAUCUACUCUGCUCACUCCAGUGAUUUGCUUCUUCAACCAACAAAUCUCCACCAGUUAAUCUUGAACCACUCGAAAUUCUUGGAAAUAAUUUUGGGCGAACCGACGGCGUCGGGCAAUCCUGAUACAAAAGAAGCUCUUAUCGAUCUGUUACAAACGGUUGUGGAUAUAGACGGACAAUGUUGUCAUUCAACUCAUUUAUCUUUCAUUCUUUCUGCAUACACUGCCACACUCAGCACAUCAGAUCAGAAAUUGCUUCGUCUGUUGUAUACGUACGAAGCUCAGCUUGACGAACCCAUACUCAGAAGUCGUAUUCUCUGGGGUAGAGCCGCCGUCAACUCGUACCAGACCACAAAGAACGACUCUUCUGCUUCGUUGAAUAAAAUAAACAUCACCCAAAUUUUGGAUCUUAUUGAUGCCAAAGUUCUUUUACAGUCUGCGAAAAAUUUUCCACAUGAGAAAACACUUGAGCCUAUCAAUGUUGUGGACUUUCGUGAAAAAUCGCAUCUCUACGAUCCUUCGUUUCUUCUUCCAGUAUUCAGUUUUUUUAUGUCUGAAGGUGACGAGGUUCAUUGUCAUCGUUUCGUGGAAUGCUCUGCGCUUGCGUAUGCAAUUAAUGCUUUGACGUCGCAUGAUAAAGAUAUGCGACAGCUUGCUUAUCAGAUACUGUCAAGAUUUCAACAACACUUGACUACCGCGAGAUUUCGAGCUAAACCCCAGAUUGCCCAUUUGCUUUACUACUUCCAAAAUGGGAUCACCGAGCCUAAUUGCAGGAUAUCUAGCUUAAUGACGUCAUUCAUGACAAGAGCCCUUCACAUCUUUCUUUAUCCAGAGGAUCCUCUUUAUACAAGCGUGAAUAGUUAUAUUUUACAAAAAGCUUUCAUGGACAUUAAAGACGUUCCUUUAUUCUUAUCUCAUCUUAAUGGUUCUGACUUAUCGUUUCUUACUGAACGGCUUUGGCUUCUUCAUCUAAUCCUUGAUGGAUUAAGGGAUCCGAUGGAUUACUAUACCUGCAGAAAAUUUCACGUAUUUCAACAACUGUUGACGCUUUAUCAUUGUGCUUCAACCGAUCAAUCGGUCAAGCGUUUGAUCUUAAAAAUUGUGCAGCAAGUUUGUUCUCAUCAUGUCGCUGCGUACGAUCUCUGUUUUAAAUAUGGUCUUGUAUCUUGGUGCAGAUUACUGUUCAACGCGACCAUCAAUUCCAAUACAUUUCGUCAGUCCAUCGAUAUAUUGUCAACGAUUUGGUCCAGUUUGAUUGGUGGAAAAGGACCACAUGACGAAGAAUCGAUGAAUGGAGAUGAUUGCAGUAAUAGAUCAAACAUUCCGAAGAAUGUUUCUGCGGAAAUGCUGCUCGUUUUUAACUCUGUUUUAAAUUCGACGAUGAGUGUUCAAGUGUGGAAUGAAGAUACACUAAAAUCUUUUCUACGAAUGUUUUCGUCAUUGCUCUACUAUCAACGACAAAGUUGUUUCUCUUCCAUGACGAUGUCUUCAGUCAAACACCAUUACGUACAACUGAGUCAAAUUUGGCGAAAACUAUUUUGUAAUAUUGAUGUCUUCAGCCACUUAAAGGCAUUUAUAGAACAAGAUCAAUCAUUAUCCAGUGAGACGUUAGCGUCAGAGAAAUGGUUUCAGUCUUUGAGAAAUGUCCUGGAGGUACUCCUGUUUACGGAGAAAACGAUUUACUCGGAGGAAGUGGAGGAAAGGCUGAGAAUGUACCAAAGUUUCUUGAGAAUAAAAACGCUACAUAUUCGGUCAUUUUUAACAGAAAGACUACACAACGCAUUACAGAGUUUUUGGAAAAUAACUGAUGUUGAUUUGCUUACUUUGGAACGACAACUAGAUCUUAUAUUUCUUUAUAGAAUAGUUUCUAAUAAGAUUGAAUUAUUAAAAUAAUAAUAUAUUUAUAUGUUUGAAGGCCUUUCCUAUCAAAGGAUUCAAGGUUCCUUUCAAGAGAUAUAUAGUAGAACAAUGAGCACACCUUAUUUACAGAUA